CUCGAUGUACUGUACUGGACUCUACCUGGUAAAUUUAUACUGUAACCUUAACUAAAGUCGCCUAUCCUAAUCAGUUCCUUCAAGCCUUCUCAGAUUUCUCGUUUGCGGCUUUUUAAAUCCUGCCAUUCAAGAAAUCGCCAAUUCUCUUGUUCCAGCCUUUUCGUCAAUUAUUCCCAAAUCUCCUCAAAACUCCCACACCGAAAGCGAUUUCCCACGUUAUUCUCCUUUCCGAAAUUUGGAGGAUCGUGUCGCAAGUCUGCUUAGAUGCGGAGGAGAUCAUCUGGCUCGGCCGCAGAGGAAGAAGGCGACAAUUUAUAUGCAAAUCCAGACAUAAUUGAAGGGCCAGGGUUCACUGCUCGCUCUGGAACCGAAGUGUUGACAUUGAAUAAUAAGGAUUUCCAGAAUUUUCAAUCAACUUCACGACAAACCAGUCCUCAACAUACACAAUCCGAAUUAGAUCGAAGGAAAAGUUGCGAUAAGAGACCCCUGGCUGCCAGAAGCCGCCGCCCAAGCAAUACAAAUUGGAAACCAACAGAAUCGCGCAAUGGACAUAUAGAUAAGAGUCGACCUACCGAAUCUGCUGUAAUCAGUAUUUCUUCAAAAGGGGCUAUCGAGGUAGACAAGAUGACCGACUCUAGACAAGCUUCACGACGGUCGAGGCUGCGAAGUCCUUGGUCUUUUACGCUAUUGACCUUCGGCACUACAAUCGUAGCCUUACUUACUUUGGCCUCUAUUAUACAUUCAUUUACCACGCGACAAUUGGAUAAUAAAGGAUGUCGAAUGUCAUAUAUGAGGCCUUCUUUUGCGAAGUUGUCAGAUUUCGACACUGAACAUACCCGUUUCGCGAGCAAAUAUUCCGUCUACCUAUAUCGGGAAGGAAUGGUGGACGAGGAUACCAAGGUAUGCAAUUUUGUGGAGAGUAAAGAGCUAAACUUACAAAUUGUCUAGGUCAAAGGUGUUCCCGUUUUAUUCAUACCUGGUAAUGCUGGGAGUUAUAAGCAAGUUCGACCAAUUGCCGCAGAGGCUGCAACAUACUUUCACGAUGUUUUACAACACGAUUCUACAGCGAUCGAAGCCGGAGCUCGGAACCUAGACUUCUUUACUGUUGAUUUCAAUGAGGACAUAACGGCCUUCCACGGACAGACAAUGUUGGACCAGGCAGAAUAUUUGAAUGAAGCGAUCGCCUAUAUAUUGUCUCUAUACCAUGAUCCUCGAAGAUCACAGCGUGACCCAGAGCUUCCAGAUCCAACUUCUGUUAUAAUAUUGGGGCAUUCGAUGGGUGGAAUUGUAGCGCGAACGAUGUUGAUCAUGCCGAAUUACCAGUCAAAUUCCAUUAACACAAUUAUUACCAUGUCAGCUCCACAUGCUCGACCUCCAGUUUCCUUCGAUGCAGAGAUUGUCAAAACUUACAAGCAGAUCAAUGACUACUGGCGUCAAGCGUAUUCGCAGAAGUGGGCAAACAACAAUCCCUUAUGGCACGUCACCUUGUUAUCCAUAGCUGGAGGUGGACUUGAUACUGUUGUUCCGUCGGAUUAUGCCAGUUUGGAAUCCCUGGUACCAGAUACACAUGGAUUUACCGUUUUCACCUCGUCUGUUCCGAACGUAUGGACCGGUAUGGAUCAUCAAGCAAUUUUGUGGUGCGAUCAAUUUAGGAAAGUUGUCGUUAGAUCUCUAUACGAAGUUGUCGAUGUGAACCGGCCUGCACAAACGAAACCUCGAGCGGAUAGGAUGAGAAUUUUCAAGAAAUGGUACUUGACGGGAAUGGAGAGCCUCGCGGAAAAGACCCUCUCACACAAGGAACCAACGACUUUGCUUACUUUGGAAGACGAUUCACAUUCAAUAAUUCCUCAAGGAGAAAGAUUAACUCUUCGAAAAUUUGGCGAGUCUCGAAAACCAAAAGCACAUUUACUUCCAAUUCCUCCCCAAGGAACGCCAGGUGGAAAACGAUUCACACUUCUUACUGAUCAGAAGCUCGAUAAGCCUGGGGAUUCGGGAAAUUUGGAAGUUCUCUUUUGCAGUGUUUUCCCAUUACACCCUGGCCAAUCAGCUACAUUAUUUUCCAUGAAUAUGGAUCUUUCUGGGGAUAGUUCUGGAUCUACAAGAUUGGCUUGCAAAAAUGCUGCAAGUGACGUUAUUCCUCUGCCAGCAUCGACCCGAACAUCGAAAAAGCCUUUCUAUCUGGAUGAAGAGGAAGAGAUUUUGCCAUUUUCUUAUUUGCAAUACGACCUGGAGGAUAUAAUCGACCACCAAUUCGUUGCUAUCGUCGAUAAAGCGGUUGACCCUACACCUGGAUGGGUGAUCGCCGAGUUCAGUGAUAAUGUUCAAUCACAUCGAAUCAGAUCACUGAGCCUUCGACGUCUUCUGGCCUUUGGUAUGAAGAUGAGACUCCCGCCAAAUAGACCAAUGGUUGCAGAGGUCAAAAUACCCGCUGUACACUCGAGUUUAUUGGCCUACAACCUGGAAAUGGGUAACCAGGUAUGUGGUGAGGAAUCGGAGCUCUUCACUCCCCUCCUACGUCAGUAUAUUUCGGAACCUUACGAGUCAAAAUAUUUUGUGAACGUGAAGCAAGCAACCAUUAAUAUCCAUGGAGUCUCUCCAUUUAUGCCUCCCGCACUCAAAUAUAAAGCAGUUCAAGAUGGAUUAAGUCUUCAAUUCUGGACCGAUCCAACUUGUAACUCGAGCAUCAAGAUUUCAUUGAGUGUUGAUAUUACAGGCAGUUUGGGAAAGUUGUAUAUGCGAUACCGGACUGUCUUUGCGGCAUUUCCUUUACUUGUUGUUGCGCUCGUAUUGCGGAAACAAUUUCGAAUGUAUGAUGAGACGGGAAUUUUCAUUUCCUUUGGAGAGAGUCUUGACUUAUGUUUGCGACAAUCUUUACCUUUGGUGCUAUUAACUCUUACAUGCCUGUCAGUAUCUUUCUCCAGGGCAAGUACGGCACCACCUCAAGGAGCUCCCACAGGAUUCUUUGGAUGGGGAAGAAAUGCAUCGGAAACUGUCAUUGACUAUACUAAAAAUGAUCUGCUGGUGGGAUCACAAGAUCCAUUCUUCUGGUUCAUGGUUCCUCUCAUUGGACUUGUUUGCAUUGGCGUAUGUGUGAUGAUCAACUAUGCCACAUUAACAAUUACUCACGUUUUGAGUGUGUUAUAUGGCUGGAUCAGUGUUAAGCCAGCGUGGUUGCGAAAUGAGGAUAGGAAAAGAGCAUCAUCCCCCGCCUUCGCACCAUCUUCUCCUCGAAGACGUGUAUUUACCACCGGCAUACUGCUAUUUCUGGUAUCUACAGUCAUCCCAUACCAAUUUGCAUAUCUGGUUGCAUGCCUGGUACAAGUAGCAACUUGUGCAAGAGCUCUUCGAUUCGCCCGGGAAGCACGUUCAAAUACGAACUAUAAUUUCUACAAUUAUGUACACUCGAUACUUGUUCUCAUGCUCUGGAUCUUACCGAUUAACCUUCCAAUACUCGUUGUAUGGAUCCAUAACUUGGCAGUGCAUUGGCUGACACCAUUUUCCUCUCAUCAUAAUGUACUGUCAAUUAUGCCCUUUAUCCUCUUGGUAGAGACAUUGACUAGUGGCAAGAUGGUCCCUCGGGUCACAUCACGCGCUCGACACAUUACCAGUAUUCUCCUCUUUGGUAUCGCGAUAUACGCCGCAGUAUAUGGGGUGACUUAUGCUUACAUGCUUCAUUAUCUGGUCAAUUUAGUGGCAGCUUGGCUUGUCGCUAUUCAUUCUUCAACCUCGAAUUGGACACUUGCAGGUGUAACGACCAUGUUUGAUCCCGAGAGCAAUGAAAAUACUCGGAAACGCGGAAAGACACCUUGAACGACAGUACUGUUUCACGAAUUUAACUAUAGUACCAUAUUCAACGAUUCACGAUUCAAUGUUUACCACCUUUUCAGCCUUCACUACUCUUCUAAUCGGUUGAAUUCAUGGGCCCCUGCAAUUCAAGGACCCAUUUUCUUACUUUCACGCACUAGAAUUUUCGGCGUUUUCAGCAAAGUAUAGAACUUUGAACGUUAUCACGCACGUUUUUCUCGAAUUACACUUUUCUAGACUUCACUUUUUUUGUUAAUACCGGAUGAUGUUCAAAAUGCGGACCUCAUUUGCAUAAACUAUACUCAUGAGCGCUGUACAUAGGGGGCUUGGCGUUUUCUUCGGUAGCAAACUGUAAUUAGGCACAUAGUUACAUUUUUGUGAUACGACUUCUGUUAUCUCAGGGGAAGAGGUAUGAGUUGAAAAGGUAUAUUAAGAGAGGUGAGAGAAAGCAAUGAAUGAUAAUGCCGUAGCCGGGCAAGUGUUGAAAAAAAUUCGGGCUACCUUUUAAUGUUUUAUAUUAUCUUCUUCUUGUGGUAAGGAGAUUGAAGAUAAGAGGAGGGGAGAUGAUGGAAAAGCUGAGUUGGAGUGGAAUUGAGAAUGUGAAUGAGAAUGAGGCAGUAUGAAAUGUAUAUUUGUU